AUGUUUGAUUGGAACGACGAAGAGCUUGCUAACAUAGUAUGGGGUGAGGCGGAUGAGAGUGAUGAUCACAUUGUACCAUAUCCGGAGGGAAGUGAAGAUCUUAAUGACAAGAAAAAAUGGAAUCAGGAAGCUUCUGCCAGUAAACUGAUUGAGCAAAAGAGGACAGAGAUUAAAACUGAUAUUCAUCAAGGAACGCUAGGAAGCAGUUCCAAAUUUGAUACUAUUGAGGGACAAUCUGCCUCAGAAUCUGGCACAAACUCAUGGCCUGACUUGUCUUUAUCCAGUGCAGCUAAAAUUGAUCAGGAUUCCCUGGGUGCUGAAGUAUCUAAAAAUUUAGAAGAGACUACACAGCUAGAAAAGGAAGUAGAAAAGCAAGGUGAUUUUGCCAACUAUUCCUGGGAUAACAUAGGAAGCUUUGAUGACCUUGAUCGAAUUUUCAGCAAUGAUGACCCUAUAUUUGGUCAUGUAAGUCUCGAGAAUUCUGAUGCGUUGUGGUCUUCCAAAGACACGAGUAACAGUUCAGUACCCUUACACUUGAAAGCACCAAACCAAGCAAAUGCUUUAAGGAACAGAUCUGAACCUUUGGAAAUUAAAGCAGAAUAUGUUCAACCGAAUGAUCAAUCAUUUUCCCCCACAGUUAAGAGGAUUGAGGAUUCUUCAUCUCAUGACAUUCAGAACGCUACCGGAACCACAUUCAAUCUAGGAUAUUCUAGAGACAGAGUUACCCCUGCUGAGAAGGAGCAACAGGAUUUUGGGCAAAAUAAUCAGUUGAAAGCUCGGAAAAAAUCACAUGGUAAAAUUGAUGGAAAAGCAUUGCAGGAGUUUUAUUGUAGCUGGUCUCCUUCAUCGACCACAUCUGGACAAUUUCAGAAUCAGCUGGUGUCUUCAGUUGUACAGUCUUCCCCCUCUUCAAUUCUUGGGCAACAGAACCAUCUUCGAGGACCUGAGACACCAUACCAGGGCAUCACAAAUACAUAUAUGACACCCCCUUCAUAUGGGAAUCUUACAAAUACAUAUUCUUCUAUUUCAGUGCAACCUUCGGCACAGUCAGGAGUUCUUACACAACAGCCUCUGCUUUCUGGGUAUGAAGCAUCUCUUGGUGUAAUGAGUCCUGUGAACAAGUUUGUGGGCUUAGUGAAGCCUCUUACCAUGACUCCUCAGGAAAAAAUUGAAAAAUUAAGGAGGCGGCAGCAAAUGCAGGCAAUGCUUGCUAUUCAGAAGCAACAGCAAGAAUUUGGCCAUCAAGUUCCUAGCACUAAUAAAUCAAUUAAUAAAAACUGUGCCAUAGAAAUGCAUAAUCAACAUUGUGAUGGGGCUGAUCCUGAAAUUGAAGAUUUAAGAACACUUCCAUCUCCAGAUCCACCAACCAAGCAAGAUGAUUCUAAGACAAUCUCUUCGGCAAUUGAUGAUCAUUUUGUUGAAGAUACAAUUCUGUACAUGCUUCAGGAUGUGAUAUCAAAGUUAGAUGUCAAAAUUAGACUCUGCAUUAGAGAUAGCUUGUUCCGGUUGGCACAAAGUGCAAUGCAAAGGAAUUAUGCUAGUGAUACAAGCAGUACAAACAACAGUAGCAGAGAAGAAACUGUAGUUGUUGCCAGAGAAGAAAGCAGUAGCCAAAACAGAUAUGCUAGGAUUGCUGAUGUUGAAACCAAGACAAAUCCCAUUGAUCGAACUGUGGCGCAUUUACUCUUUCACAGGCCUUUGGAGUUAAUUGGGAAUUAUUCUGAUAAACUGGAGUCACUUAUUUCUGCCCAAAUACAAUUUGAAAGCAAAAACGCUAACGUGGAGAACUUUCCAAUGGAGUGUUUGCCGGAUGAGGACUCCAAAGGUAAUGAACAGUUUUCUCACCAAGGGCUUGAGCCUCUGCCGGAGGACCCAUUUGGAAACAGUCAUUGCAUAGACACUUCAGAGAAUGCUUCUGACAAUGAGCUAGUUGAUGCUGGAGAUCAGUUGUAUGGAUCAUAA